AUGGAUUUGAAUGCAUCGAUCGAUAUCAAGGAGAUCCAGAAUGAUGGCAGCAGCGACAAGAACAAGAUGGUUCCCGAGCUCUGGGAGCUGAUCGCGAGCAAGAUGACGCCUAAGGAGUGGGCCCGAGCCAGAUGCGCCUGCCCAGCCAUGCACAAGGCGAAAGUGAAGGUGGUGCGAGCGCGGCCUCACAACUCCAACCAGCUGGCUAGGGCGGCGGGAGACGUGCUAAACGCAAAGACGCUCUGGCUGGACCUGACCGCCCUGAGGACGUCGGGCUGCAGCACAGCGCUCUUCAAGAAGCUCUGGGGUCAGGAGGUUGACAGCCUGGAGCACCUUCAGCAGCUGAGCCUUACUCUAUCCGCCAAGCCGGCCAAAAAGUCGCCAGAAGCACCUUUCUGCUGGCCAGCAAAGCCCAGCGAGAGCGUCAGCAAGUGGCUCGAAGCCCUGGCAGAGCCCCUGGCCUCAGCCCGCAACCUGGAGGUCCUGAGGCUGGACGUGGCAUACGUGCCUGCGCUGCCUCCCAUGGAGAAACUGCAGCACCUCAACCUCAUCAGCUGGAUGCCCCUGUCAGAAGCCACCUGCCAGUGGCUGCAAAAGCUGCCCAGCCUGCGCACCCUCAGCCUGGAGCAGAGCCCAGCCGCGGACAUGCCACCAGCACACACGGCCCCGCCGCUGGACCUUUCAGCCUGCAAGCACCUGCAGUCAGUCAGCCUGUUCCACAUCAUCCCCAGUGACUUCCAAGCGCCGCGGCAGUGCUCGGUCACCCUCUGGACCGACCAUGUGUCACUGCAGCCUUCCUGGGCAGAGACCUACAGCACAUCAGCCACCGCAUGCAGCGUGCUGGUGCCGGCCAGGGAAUUUGUCAACCCCACCUUCUUUGUGGACAUGUUUGCGCCUCCGGCUGCGCACCUGACAGCGCUGCGCAUAGAGGUCCCCGAGGACAUGCUGGGAGUGCUCAAAGAGCCCCUGAUGCUGGGCGACAACGUGCCGAACCUGCGAGCCUUCCGCUGCCGCGCGUGGGACAUCUUCCUCAAGCUCGGUGGCCAGCUGCGGCUGCAGAGCCUGCGCUGCGACGCGAAGAAGGCUGUGCACCUGGAGAUCGAAGAGGAGGACUUGGAGGGAGCGGUCAGCGAGCUACAGCACCUGGAUCUGUUCUGGGCGGCAAAGUCAGAGCACUCCCCACUGCUCCGGCGGCAGCUGAUCGCGCUGCAGAAGACAGGCCGGCGCUGCAGCGUGGAGGCGGAGCAGGAGCCGCUGGGAAGCUACUGGGGAAGCUUCCAGGGAAGCCGCCAGGGGAGCAGGUUCCGCGCCAGCUUCCACGCAGAUGCCGUGGUGGAGGAUGCCAAGCUGUGCAUGGGCUGUGGCGCUUGCGGCAUGUGCUUGCAGGGGAAGCAUGGCAUCCCGGGCUUGUUUGGCCCUCCCUGA